AUGGCACCAUUGAAAGUGUUGAUAUGUGGAGGCGGCUGUGCCGGACCAGCCUUGGCCUUCUGGCUCACCCGUCUUGGACAUCAAGUAACCAUCGUCGAGCGGUUCCCAGCUCUACGCGCAACUGGUGCACAAAUCGACUUCCGGGAACAAGGCAUUGCGACUCUCAAAGUAAUGGGGAUUAUAGAUGAGAUACGCGCCAAGCUAGUUGACGAAGCAGGCGUUGCUUUCGUCGAUACCAAUGGAAAGAUCUUGGGAACAGUGCUCGCCAAUACAUCAGGCAAAGGCGCCCAGUCCAUAACCUCUGAGUUUGAAAUCAUGAGAGGAGAUGUUGUAAGAAUCCUAUACGAUGCAACGAAGGAGGAUGUUAAGUAUAUCUUCAACACAACUGUGGAAAGUUUCGAGCAAGAUGAGAAGAGUGUACUUGCGCACUUCUCUAAUGGGACAUCGGAUACCUUUGAUAUCCUCGUCGGAGCAGAUGGUCAGGGCUCAAGAGUUCGAAAAGCUAUUGGACCAGCGGAUGCUCCGGAUCCUUACCGAAAACUCGGUAUUCACAUGGCUUAUUAUUUCAUCCCACGCGAAGAAGGGGACAGUAAUAUCCGCAGGACAUAUCAAGCAUCACAAGGUCGAAUGAUAUUCCGUCGGACGCACAACUCAACUGAGACUCAAGUUUAUCUCAUUCUCAAAGACAAUUCUCCCGAAGUCUCCAGUAUUCAUCGAGGUUCUGUUGAGCAGCAGAAAGAGUUCUGGACACAAAGAUUUCGCGGUGCAGGAUGGCAGACAGACCGAUUCCUGGAGGGCAUGAAGACAACAGAGAACUUUUACUCCCAAGAAGUUGUCCAGGUUCAGACAGAUACUUGGCAUAAAGGCCGUGUGAUCCUCCUAGGUGACGCAGCUCAUUGUCCCUCUCCGUUCAGUGGCAUGGGAACUACACUCGGUUUCAUCGGUGCCUAUGUGCUAGCGGGUGAGAUUCAGAAGAACCCAGAGAAUUUAUCCCUGGCUUUCGAGAACUACGACAAAGUGCUACGACCAUUUGUUGACGAGGUUCAGAAUAUCAAGAUUGGGCUUAUCCGGCGGGCUAUACCUGAUACUCAAUUAGGUGUUACGAUCAUUCAGUGGAUUGCUUGGUUCGUAUGCCUUCUGAGAAUUCCUUAUCUUAUUUCAAGGUUCUCGAGCGAGGAGAAGGCUGGUUGGCCAUUGCCAAAGUACCCUGCGCUCAAAGCGGACAAUUAA